AUGUCCCGGCUGAGCUCGUGGCUCAGUGAGGUCCAGUGGCUCGCGCUGGUGUCGCUCUUCCUCGCGGCCCUAGGCACGGUGGGCCUGUACCUGACGCAAUGGGUGCUGGCCAGGGUGCGACCCCGGCCCCUUCGGCGGACCGAGGAGCCUGGCGAGGGGCAUGGCGAGGGGCAGCGCCCGGAGACGGACGCCCUGCUGUCUUGGAUCCUGUCCCUGAACUGCUGGCGGAGCCAGUGGCUAGCAGCCUGGGUGACGGCUCUGAACCAGGAGGCCGAGAGGAAGGGGGGCCCGCUGCUGCUCACCUUUGAGGAGGACCCGCUGCAGCAGCCCUUGGAGCUGGCCGUGCAGCAAGUCUCCAGUGUGUCCAGGUCCGCCCAGGAGAAGGUGGUGUCCUGUGCCGUGGCUGGUGAGGCCGUACAGUUCAUCGUAUCUGCUCUGUCAGCCUCCUCUGAGGGUGCCGGCCGCCGGCUCUACAACGUCAGGCUCGGCCCAUUUCGUUUACAGCUGGAGCUGCACAUGCAGGAAAAGAGAGAGGACAUCCCGGUCCAGUGGUCCUUCAUCAGUGUGCCAGAGAUGGCCGUUGAGAUCCAGCCCCAAGCAUCGCAGGAGGACCGGCUGCUCGAGACCCGCGCAAUAGCUGAAACUCUCAAGGAGCUCCUGAAGCAUCUGGUUAGCUCUGCUUCCUCGUCGGUGGUUCUGAGCACCAGACCCAUGAGCGUCCAGGAAGUUCAGACCUUACAGCGCCCUCACGCUGCUUCUCAGGAGUCCUGCCCUCCCAAACCACCCCGGGCGCACGAGCUGAAACUGCUGGUGAAGAACAUCCGGGCCUCAUUGCUCGGUGACACUGGUGCCGCAGGCCCCACCAGCCCCGUGUGCACAGCCCAGCUCAACCAGCCCGUUCAGAGGUUCUCCAGCUCCCCGGCGAAAACUGCUACUGACCUCACUUGGGAAGAAGAGUUCACCUUUGAAUUGAAUGCCAAGUCCAGGGAGUUACAGCUGCUGCUUUCAGAGGAGAGAGGAGCCUCAGAAGGUGUGUGUGCGACGACGGUGAUUCCCUUAGAUUUAUUUAAGAAGCAGCCGUCAGGACCUCAGAGCUUCACCUUGACUGGCGGGUCCUCCGUGGGCGGCCCGGUGGUGGGCUCCGUCACUGUGGAGUUUUCUUAUGUAGAACCCGGAGAGCCGAAGCCCUGGCCAGUCCCUGCCCCCGUUCCUGCUGCCAAGGUCGAGAAAGACCGUACAGUGAUGCCCUGUGGGACUGUGGUCACCACCGUGACUGCCGUGAAAACCAAGCCUCGCUUUGACGUGGGGAGGGCGUCCCCGCUGAGCCCUGAGUCGCCCGUGAAAGUGAAAGUGAUUGAAAAGGACAUCUCGGUCCAAGCCAUCGCCUGCCACAGUGCCCCCGUCAGUAAGACCUUCUCCUCCUCCGACACAGAGUUGCUGGUGUUGAACGGUUCCGAUCCGGUGGCAGAAGUUGCCAUCCGACAGCUCAGCGAAUCUUCGAAACUGAAGCUCAAGUCCCCUCGGAAGAAAAGCACCAUCAUUAUCUCCGGGAUUUCCAAGACCUCCUUGUCUCAGGACAGCGAAGCCACCCUGAUGCUGGACUAUGCCGCCUCCAUGGACUGCGAGCAUCCGGAGGAGGCCCCAUCCCAUCCAGGGGACGCCAUCGCCACCACCCCUACCCCCACCCUGCUCGAGGAAGACCCACCUGCCCAGGCCCCGCUCGCCCAUGAGCCCCAGGAGAACGAACUUGACUCCUGGGACUUAGAGAAGGAGUCCAAGGACGCAGGGUGGGGUGGCCACGACCUGCUGGACCCAGAUGGGGACGAGCUGUCGGAAAGUUCUCUGACCGCCUCAGAGCCGGGUGCCUCCAAAAAGCACAAAGGGGGCAUUUUAAGGAAGGGUGCCAGACUCUUCUUCCGCCGGCGCCAUCAACACAAAGACCCGGGCCUGAGCCAGUCCCACAACGACCUCAUGUUCCUGCAGCAGCCGGAGGCAGCCAGGAGGAGGACGACCCUCAGCAGGAUCCUGAACAAGAAGCUGCUGUCCAAACACAGAAGCAAGAGUGCCGUGAACGGCGCCCCUGUGGACCCCUCUGCGUAGGGCUCAGGGCCAGCAGCCUCCUCCCGGGAACCCACACUGACACCCUCACCAGGACCAUGCCAGCCCCCCACCAGGUGGCGCUGCUUUGUCUGGCUGGAUGUUAUCCAACAACUUGAUCUUCGAAAAGGGAGAUCUACAUACAUACGUCUCUCUGGAUGUAUGUGCAUAUACAUAUAUAUAUAUAUAUAUAUAUAUAUAUAUAGUCUCCAGCCAGGAGGCUGUCCCCAGAGAAAACUGAUGAAACCUCAUUUGCCACCAGAUGCCAGAUGAGACCCAAGGGCCCUGUAGCUUGGGCUGUGCACCAGCCUGUGAGCCGAAGCUAAAUAUUGGAAGGGGAUUGACAUUGCGAACUGCAUGGCAUGUUCUCAUAGACCUGGGGGCGGAGGGUCGAAGAGCUGUCCUGGAGGGAUCCAUGUAACCAGCUCGACAUACUCACAAGUGCUAUUUGAGGCCCACAACUGGAAUGUGUUACAAAGAGGAGGCCCUACUCCCAUGCCCCUUCACUGUGAGCUGAGUGGAUGGGUCACCUCUGGUUGCUGGAUGCUCCGGAUGACAAGUGCAGCUGGCCCUGCAUACGGGCGGUGGGACCUGGGAACUGGAGACAUUCUAAUAGGAACAGAAAUGCCAUGGUCAAUGUCGGAAGACACUCACCUUCAUUAUUAGCCAUAUAACUUGAACAAUUAUGCAACAAAUAGAUAUAUCCUAUGCAUAGUAUGCUGAACACUAUUCCCCAAGUUUACUUUGAGCCUACUUGCAAGCUGAAGAUAAGUAUACAUUCUCACAUGGUUUGAAAUUUUUUAACCUUUGACCUUUCAAAUGCUCUAAUACCAGUGGGGCCAUGGACAGUAGACACAUGGGUUCCUUCUGCCCUGACAUACUUGCUACGCAGGAGUGCCAGUAAGCCUGUCGGCAUGCAGGGAGGAGCAAUACACAACAGUGUCAACCGCACACAACGUGGGUUGUCUUCAGUGUGAAGUCGGCCAAUAGCCACCACAGAGUACCAUUGGGGUCAAAGAGGAAGUUGCUUGCUGCAAGUGUCAGUCUUAGGAAUGGGGAUCUUCUGACAAUUGAGCCACUCGUGCAGCUAAUUCCUUCUAUGAGCUCAUCUUUAGGGGAGCCCCUGUCUGAUUUUCAGUGUUGGGGAGGGGGUGAUCAGCCUGGUACACUUAAUAUGCCAAGGCGUCUUUCAGUCCCACCUUCGUACUUGCUUCUACUUGGGCUCAUUCUUCCUGUUCACGGGAGCCCACUGACUGAAUGUGUCCCUUGCCACAGGCCUGCUAACCACUGAGCAGCUGUCAUGGGGUGGGGGUGGGGAGAGCAUUUUGACAGUUGAAUCAGAUGUGUUUUCCGCCAAUGAGAUGGAAAAGGCUGUGAGGCAAACUUCACUUUUGUCACAGAUGUGAGUUUGAGAGAGCUUCACGUUCGUCAUGAAACAGUAAAUUCCAGGGGCAGUCAAGCCACUGAUGAGCCAAAAAGCAUUAGAGGAAAACAAAAAUAAGAGGCUUAUUUCUUUUUAUGUGUGUGUGAGGGCAAGAUUAGAAGACUGAGCCUUGAACUUUAAAAUGUACACUGUAAAAAUUCUUAGGUGUUUGGGGAUUUAUCAAUCAAGUAACUUUAAAAGACCCUUAUCACGGGGACCUUGUUUUUCCGGAUUAUAUUUCAGUUGUAAUCAUUGUGAAUUAGCCCUUAUGUGGGCGAAGAACUUGCCAAAUUCAAGAACGAACUCUAAGACUGGCAGACAGUGGAAAAUUUCAACACAGCUUUGGGAUGUUUUUGUGUAUUUUUUUGAUUUUUGAAAUUCAGAUGGAUUCAGGUUUUUUUCAAGGGCAAACAUAUCAGAGUUUUAGCUUUCUUGCUUAAAAAUUUUUUCUUUUAAAAACCACUCCCUAUCAGCUCCAUGAGCAUUCUGUUUUAAUACCUGCCUCAAGAGCUCUAAGGAGCCCUGGUGGAGUAAUGGUUACGCAUUGGGCUUCUAAC